AGCAAGCGGCGUUUUGCUCCAUAGCGCAUUGCAGACACUUUCGCGCGCUGUCCGCGCGUGCCAGUGAUCGCACGAAUCGUUUAAAAGGCGCUGGAGCAUCGCUUCGGAUACCUGUCGCGUGACAGCCAGACAGCCAGCCAGGGCCUCACGCAGCGGCAAAAGCGCCAAACCGCAGCGCACGCCCGCCGCCGCGGCGCAUCGCUCGCGCAGAUUCACGAGGACGUCUCUGGCAGCGGUCAUCGCCGUGAACGCACAUAUAACUGCGCAAAAAUGGACGACUCGAGCGACGACGGCGCCGCCGUCCUCGCGCACGCGACGCCCGGGCGACGCCACAGCUGGGCGAGCGUGCACACGCCCAUCGACUGGUCGAGCGCCGCGUCGCUGCGCGCGGAGCUGGCCCGCGUCGACGCGAGGAGGGCCACUUUACUCAAUGCGCUCGCGGCGCUCGAGGACGGCGUCGAGGCGCUCCAGAACUCGUCGUCGGACGAGGAGUCCUGCUGCGACCUGACGCAGGCGACCGCGGAGGGCGGCGAUCGCACGCCGCCGCCUCCAUCCGAGUCGUCCGACGAGGACCUCGUCGACCUGACCCAGUCCCGGGUCCGGGCGCGCGACGCGCCGACGCCGGCGCGCGACGGGGCCAGCUCCUCGUCCGACGACGACGACGGGAAUCGUGAGGCGGACGUGCGCGUGGCGAUCGCGCAAAGAAUCAAGGCGUCGCCGGAGCUCUACGAGCCCAUUUUAUUGAGGAAGAAGGUCGACGUCAACGCCAUUGCUUCCGUUUGUGGGGCGGACGCGAAGACGGUGAAGGCCUAUUUAGAUGAUGAGGGCGUGCCGAACGUCCGGCGCAGGGCGGCGCCGAAGCGGACGCGCGUGCGGUCGCCGCAGACCUCGUGA